AUGGCAGAGCAACAAGAUACUUUGCCUUCUCUUGAGGAUGGUCCUUCAGAACAUCUUCGCUCUUUGCCAUCCUAUCUCCCCCACCACGAGUACCUAAACGAUAAGUCUGAACCGCUGGUCGGAAAGGCCACGACAAGUGUACAAGCCCCGCGGCCGGCAUAUUCCACAUUGGCACAACUGCAGGACGUCGAGAAAGAUCACCAUAUGGAGGCGAGCUCUGGAGCUUCAAACAGCGGUCCGGUCUCGCCCAUCUCAACCAUUAGCUCCUCGGAAGCUCUACGGACACCAAACGUCCUGGAACGUCACCAGUACUCGUCGCAAAAGUAUCCUCCAUCGCCUGGGGCUACUUCCCAAUUACCCCCGCGUCUACAUUCUCCUGCCUCUCAGAUUUUUGAGCGAGAUGUUCAAGAAGACAUCGUUCCACCACAAGCAUCGCCCUCGAUCCCCGCGCACAUACGCACGGAGAACUACAUUCCAUCGGUCCUUGAGGCAUCCUCGGCUGCCAUCACCGACGAGCAAUUAAACCCAGAUUCAGUUGAAAUUGUUACACACAGCUUACACCAGCCCGCAGGCGUAGCUGGUGCCUCCACAGCCGAACAAUCGCUUGCUUCCUCAAUUGUUGUUGAUCAUGCUGGAACAGUUCCCACUGAGUUCGAUGAGGUUUCAUCUACUUAUGGCGCCCCGGAUAUCGAUGUCCGGCGCUUGAGCUUUAUCUCGUUUGCCGACGUGGUCAACGCCGAGCAUGCAGAGAAUGUUGAUUCUGUACUUGGACGAGAGCCGUCCCAGGCCGCAUCUGCCUACGGGCAUCCUCCAUUUGCAGGCUCUGUUAACCGCUCUCCAUCCCCGCUUCGCUCGCCUGCUUCAUCUCACGGGCUUGGAACGUCUCCGCCCACUAGCAUUGCCACCUCUUUCAAAGGGCUGGAGAUGUCUCCCUGCCACGCCACCCGCAGUGCGGAUGGCCCAUUCCCAGUGGCGCAAACCCCCAUUUCCUCUAGCUUUGGUGAACUCAACGUUGAGACGAUGCGCCAGGCCUUACGACGGACAGGGAGCGGAGAUCUGAGCUGUGUUGUGAGCCACCAAGCUGCUUCAAUUGAGAGUGAUGUGCCCUUGGAUCGCGCUUAUUAA